AUGUUUCCCGAUAAAGAAAAAAUUAUUGAAGCCUUUUUAUCUGCUGCAUCGACUGAAGCUCGGAGUCUUUUCUUUCGUUUUGAGGAUGUGGAUGAUUUUGCCUACGCUUCUCCUUCUUCCAGUUCGAACUCAGGGCAAUUAUUAGAAAUGCUUUCUAACAAACAAAGGGAGCUAGAUGAAUACAAUUUGAAGAUAGCACAGCUUCAAAUGCAAAUUAAGGAUGUUCGUUCUCGAGUUGCGGAAAAAUACCAAAAUUUUGUGCACCCUGACACUAAUCUUCCAGUUUGUCACGAAAAUUUUCGAAAGCAUUUAGAUUCAACAGUGAAUCAUUUGACAAAGUUAAUGGUAAAUAAUCGAGAGUUUCUCGAGAAAGUUAAAGACCUAAAAUCCCUGGAAAUGAAUCAACUCGAUACCUUUCAAAAGGAAGCUCAUGAUAACACUAUUGAUGGGAAUAGUAAUAUUAACGCGGCAAUAGGGAGCUGGAUGAAUACUCGCCUAGGUACUCUCACCCUCUCAGAUUCUUCUCAUGUCGUCUUGGAUGCAUCUGAGUCCGCAUUACUAAUAGGAAAUGUAAAUAAAUCUUCGGAAGUUUGUGAUCGAAUCAGAGGUCAGAUCAAACAACCGCUGGGGAAAGAUUCAUCCUUUGGUUUUAAUAGCUUACAUCCUCUUCGCGGUUCAAUGGAAGAUAUGGAAGUUGCUAAAAUUGCUGUAAGAGCAACGACACCGUCCGUUCUUGCUAGCCACUUAAUUUGGAAGAAUGUUGAAGAUCUUAAUUGUUAA